AAUGGAAGUGGGAUUGGUAUUGGAGUCAGUCCUUUUAAAAAAAAAGUUACUGUAAUAUUUAGUAAUUGCAAGCAUAUGCUGGAAAUUGUGAUUUGUGUAAAUGUCAAUUUUUUUUUUCAAAGAAUAUAAACUAUUACAAAUGGGUAGCUGGUCUUUUUGUAGACAUUAAAACUUAUCAUCCCUGAUCAGUCGUCACGAUGUUUGAAUUUGACCUUUCCGUGCAUCUAAAAGUUGAAAUUUCCUUUUGAAACAAAUUUGGAAGUAAUGAAGUUAGCAAACUUGCAAAUAUUGACAUACUUGAGAUUUAAAAAAUAAAUAAAUAAAUUUGCAGGAUUAGCGGGCCUACGUUUGAAAAUUUUCAUUGCAAAUGUUUAGUCAAAUUUCGCUUUGAUUUCUGGUCGCAACACUUUUUCCGUAAUUGCUCACCUCAACUUUGGUAAAAUGAUGAGAGGAAAUUUGCUUAGUUUGGAGGUUUGCAUAAAUACGAAACUCGUCAUUUUGUAGCGAAGAAAAAUAGCAUGCUGAAAUUUGCGUUUGCUGUAAAUUUGAAAUUGUUCAUGUUAAAAGCGCAUAUUUUGGAAAGUUCUGAAAUUUGCGUACAUGCGAAAUUUGCCGUAUUUAUAUCUUAAAACUGCGACAAUAGCUAGCUCCCAUUUUUGUCUGCUCUAUCUUGCAAUGCUGCGCGCCACCACUAAAUUGUUAUUGCGCCUAACAAAAUGGUGGCCUCUGUGUGAUUGGCCAAUAAAAGUGGCAUGACGUGACGUCCUCAAGCAGAGGGUCCGCCCAUUUAGCUCACUUUCCACGCCGCCCAUUGGCCGGAUUCAUCCCUGACCACGUGAUCACCCGCGACGACCGCCCUUCCCCCCCCCCAUCUCAAGCCACGCCCCCAACACCUAGCUGGGCGCAUUUAAUGCACAAAGCCAAUUAGUGAGUCCGAAAUGUCGAAAAAGUCCCAAAAAUAAUCACUAGCCUGUUGACUCGAACUCUUUGUUAGCGAGAUGGAACUCGUUAGCAUGCUAGUGAAAAGUUAUUUAGCUAAAAAAAGCUAGGAGGCCUCCCAUUGGUCAGUUUGGGUGGUAUGCAAAUGAGGCAACUGUUACGUCAGAUCCUGAACUUGAGCGCCAUUUUUCCCCGUAACGGCGAAGAAAGGGACAAAAAGCCGUGGCGACAAAAAUCGCUCAUGGCCGCGUUCUCGACUGAAUAACGACGCGCUUUGGGUUCCCGCAAGCGGCCGCUCGAGAACGGGAUGCGGCUGGGCUGAGUGGCGCCGGCGGCGGCGGAGGAAUCCGGACACAAGUCGGCUGGCUCAGGUGGGGACGGGUGGAGGAAGUCGGGCGAACGUGGAACGAGCGUAGCCUCUCCUUACCUCGAGCGGAACCCGGAGCAGGACGCGAGCAAGAAUGUAUCAACUCCCAGUGACCAACUUGGAGAAAGUCCGCAAAGCCCGCAAGGCAGUGAAGAAUGUCCUGAGCGAGAUCGGCCUGGAGGACUGCCAGAACCUCCUCAAGGAGAUCGACGGUAAAAAUGGCGAGAAAGACGGCAAAGAAGAAUCCGCGGAAGAGGAUCCGUUACUGGGCACCGAGUGGACCGACUUCACUGACGGAUAUAACGGACGACUACGCAAGAAGUGGCCUUACCGCUCUCGCACCAUGUGCUGCGUCAUGUGCAAGUACUCGUCCAAGAACAUCUACCACUACCGCAACCACGUGGCGCGCUGCCACGAGUACCUGCAGCGCCUGUGCUCGCUGUCGUCCUGCCAGCGCUGCGUCUUCGUGGCCCACCCGCGCGCCGUCAAGAGGCACAUCCUCCUGUUCCACGGGGGCCGCGCCCAGGAGCCGGGCGCGCCGCCCCCGCCGCCGCCGCCGCAGGCCCACCCGGCCCCCGCCGCCCCGGCGUCGGCCGCCGCGAGCUACCGCGGCGCCGCCGAGCGCUACAAGUGCAGGAAGUGCUCGUACCCGUCGCAUUCCGUCUUCGCCGUCAAGAAGCACAUCAUCCUCAAGCACAUGGAGAGCGUGGCGGAACAGUACAUCGGGUACCGGCACCCCAUCGCCGGUUCCAACGCCAAGUUGUACUGCUGUAAAGUCUGCAACGUCAGCACGGGCAACCUGGACCAGAUGCUGCACCACAUGCUGGUCGAGCCCAAGCACUACAACGUCAGCUCGCAGGUGCAGACGAUGAUCUACGACAACAAGGCGGCCCCCGUCGCGGCCCCCAGGGCCGUGUCCACCCCGAACGGCAACGGCGUCUACGUCACGUUGCCCAACCUGGCACCCAAGCCGAUGAACAACAAGUCUUUUGUGGUGCCCGGAAACGGGCAGAACGGCGGCACCAUGGUGGCCUUGCAGCAGCUCCCGGGGGCGUCGAACAGCGCCACCCUGAUCUGCGCCCCCGGCGGCAACCAGGGUUUCCUGCCCCCGCAGGCGUCGGCGCUGGUCCAGCUGGCGAGCGCCGAGGCCAAGGGCCUACUCCAGCCCGGCGCCACCAUCUCUCUGCGGGGAUCCUCGGUAGUCCAGUAUCCCGGCGUGAAGCCGGCCUCGCCUCAAGCGCAGCAGAUCCUGAUCCCGGCGCCCAAACCCGCCGGGCCGCAGAUCCCGCCGGCCAACCAGGUGACGCUCCAAGGCACCAUGCUGACCUCGCAGUCUCUCCUGAGCCACCUCAUCCCCACCGGCAACCGCGUCAACGGCAUGCCCACGUACACUUUCGCCCCCCUCCAGGUGGCGGUGCCCGUCACGCAGACCUCGGCCAAGCCGGCCGAGCAGACCCCCAACCAGGCUAAAAAGUGGAUCACCUGCCCCCUCUGCAACGAACUCUUUCCCUCCAACGUCUUCGACAUGCACAUCGAGGUGGCCCACCAGACCAAGUUGGCCGCCGCCCGCGCCGAGAGCCUGGCGGGCCGGGCGGCGUUCCUCAAGAAGAUGCCCGACAAGACCAUCAAGUGUCUGACGUGCAAGGUUCUGCUGUCGGAGCAGAGCGUCCUGCAGCACCUGCUCCACGGCCUCAGCUGCCUCUACUGCUCCACUUUGUUCUUCUCCGUCAAGCAGCUGUCGGAGCACGUGAAAAAGCACAACCCCGCGGGCAAGCUCUACUGCGACUUCCUGCGCCAGAACUACAAGAUCUACACCAAGGGCAACGCCGGCAUCCUGUUCCCCUACUUCGACGUGACCACCGAGGCGCCCCAGGAGAUCCUGGGCGAGUGCGAGGUCAACCUGGCCCUGGUCACCAGCUCCCUGGAGCUCAUUUACGUCAAGCUGCAGCCGAGCAGUCAGCCCGAAGUCUGCUCUGCGCCCGUCAAGGUCAACGCGUCCUGCUGCCCCUUCUGCGACGAGAAGUUCCAGGAGGAGUCCAAGUACCUGCAGCACCUCAAGCAGAAGCACCUGGUGGCGCCCACCAUCCACGCCAUCCUCAAGACCGACGCCUUCAAGUGCAUCUACUGCAACGGGGUCUACACGGGGAAGGUGACCCAACAGGCCGUCAUGCUCCACAUCCACCGCUGCCGCUGUUCCCCGAAGCCCCCGCAGGUUCCCAAGCUCACCGUCCCGCCGCCUCCGCAGGUGGCCAAACCCGCCCAGGCCCCUCGCCAGCCCCCGGGGCUCUACUUCCUCCAGGUGCCCCAGGGGGUGACGCUCAAGGCGGCGCCGCCAAAGAUGCCGCUGCGACCAAAGACGCCGGCGCAACUGCAGGCGCCGCCGCAGACCAAGGAGCAGCUGGAGUCCACCAGGAGGCUGGAGGCCGCCUUGAAGCAGGUCAUCGAGUUCAACAAGCGGGAGCGCGAGCAGAAGGCGGCCGUGCGCAGGAAGGAACCCUCGGAGCCCGAAGUCUCGGCGGACCCCAACGUCAGGUUGGCGCUGGAGCCGGCGCCCCAGGACCGCCGCGGCCACGAGGAGCGGCGCGACUUCAUCGCCCGCUACUUCAACGUCAGGCCGUACGUCGGCCGCGCCGAGACGGAGGAGCUGUGCCGCCGCCUGUCGCUCAGCAAGUCGGAGCUGGUGGCGCUCUUGAGCAAGAAGCGCAUCCGCUGCAUGAAGAGCUUCAAGAGCAGCAAGGCCGCCGUGCUCAUGGGCUUCAACAUGGGGCAACUGGCGCGGGUGCGACACCCGCUCGUCAUCCCCGAGCAGAGGUCCGUCGAGUCCAGGGAGGCGCAGCUGGAAGAGCCGCCCGAGGUCCCGGCGGACGAAGCCGCGACGACUAAGUAGCCGCCGAGGGGCUCGCGGACGUCGGACGGAUUCUCACGCGGCCCCCGGACGUGACGUUGGGACAAACCCCCCACCCGGACAAACCGUUAUCGUCGUCUGCUGGUGUCACCCAAUUCCCGCCAAAGCACUCCUUUUUCUAGUACAGGACAGCCUGGCUGCCACCUUGUGGCGGCUCCAGGUGUUGCAGAAUAGGCAAGUUCAUGCCCAACUUUCUCUAGUUCGUGGCUACAAAUGAGCAUUUUGUGCGCACUUUAAAAAUCACAAUUUUGAAUUUCCACCCUUAUCUCCCAGCCCCCCCCCCCCCACGGUAGGUAUCGACUUGAUGCCCUGAAACGGUUCGCACUGUUCUGUAAUUGCCUAUACGCGCCACCAGGGGGUGCCAAAAAGUCCUACUCCUUAACGAGCAUCGACGGAUGGCGUCGAAGCACUGCUGAGGGGGGAAAAAAAAAAACAAAAAAAACAAACUGUUCAGUUGUCCGAGAGAUGAAAAGCUGACGUACACGCAAAAAUUUGCUUCUACGCUGGGGUUCACUGUGAUAGGAAUCGAAACAGGGUCAACGGAACUCAAAAAUUCUCACGUGGUUGUAGUACUUUGCUUGGACACUAGGCGGAGUAGCGAAGUGACUGAAAAGGGCACUUACCUGCAGCUCCUGGAUCUUUUUCAAAAGUUUUGAAUACGUGUGGUGUGCGUGUAUGUGUGCAUAUACAUACACACGUAUGUGUGUGUGUGUGUGUGUGUGUUUUUGUCUGUACACAAUUUAGUUUUUUUGACUCGUACGCUAACACGUGACUAAAUUAUUAUUUUUUUCUAUGUA